AUCCGCGAAGAAGGCAGAGUCCCUAGGGCUGCUCACGAUUGUCCAGGGCUCUAGAGAGGCCUAGGAGCCAAGACGCCUGAGUUUUUCCCGUCUUGCGAACUGUCAAACAACCAGCUUACCUGGGGGCCUGGUAGCGAAGUGGAGCAGGAGCCGGUCCCGACCCCAGCGCGCGUUUUACCCUAAGCUGCUUGGGUAGAGUUGCUGGUCCUCAAGCCCUCGGGGCGCGGGAGAGGAGCAGAGAUCCCCGCUCUGGAGAGAGCAGUUCCCAGAGGCCGAAGAGAAAGGUCUAAUUUGCAUGUUAAGCAGAGCGGGAUGCAACUGUGGCCACGCAGCGAGUGCUGUCCUGGGAGUGGCACGUAGUAGGUGUCGGCACUGCCCUUGCUAAGCUUGGGAAGACAGCCGAAAGCCGCUUUACUUCCCGUGGGCCUCAGCCCAUCUGAUACGUACUGACCAGCAUGUUCUUCAGCCUAGUUAGCCUUUAAUACUAAGCGAAUACUUUCUGCGGUACUGUCACUUUAGUGUGCCAGAGAUGAUACUGAGAAGCCAGGAUGCAAAGGAUGGAUUUCCCCUUGGAAUGACUAAUGUCUCUGGAGGCCUCCAUCUCAUUGCACUUCCUUAGAAUACCUAUUAUUUUCAACAGUAAAACAGUCUCCAUCCAAAACCCCAUCAGUGUGUCAGAUCUGAGGCUUAAAUAAAUGGAAACCCAGACCCCGUGUGGUAAUCCACCUAUCAGUAUUAUGCUCAUGUAACACCUAACCAAAAUCAAAAUGUUCUCAGCACCUGGCUGUAUUUUCAGUGACAAUAUAUCAGGUCCACACACACAAAAUUAUCACUAAUUUCGGCUGAGAGGCACUAUAGACUCUGGCACUCACAGAAGAACUGAGAAGAGUUCUAGACAACCAAAGAUCUGUUUCAGAAAAGAAAUAUUAGCCCUAAAAGCUAUUACUAGUGAUUAGUUAAUAACCAUGAAGAAGGUAGUUGAUCAUUGCUUUUGAUUACAAAAUCAGACUUACUUUGAUAGUGUAUUUGGAGUUAUUAUUAUUAUUUUUAGUUAUUGAUAGACUUUUAUUUUUAUGUGGUUCUGAGGAUCGAAUUCAGUGCCUCACACAUGCUAGGCAAUACUCUACUUCUGUGGUACAACCCCAGCCCUGGGAGUGUGUUUUUUAUUUAGUUUUUGGCAGAGCAAUUUUAGGGGACUUGUAGGUAAUUUCUUUUUAAUUCAUGAAUGUCUUAAUAAGCCAAUGUGUUCAGGAUCUAGCAUUAUAUUAUCAUUAUUAAAUGAUGCAGUGAUAUAUUUUGAUAAGAUUGCUUACACCAUAUGUCUUUUUAAAAAUAUUUAUUUUUUCUUUAGUUGUAGAUGGACAUAAUAACUUUAUUUUAUGUAUUUAUUCAUUUUUAUGUGGUGCUGAGGAUCGAACCCAGGGCCUCACACAUGCUAGGUGAGCCCUCUACUGCUGAGCCACAACCCUUGCCCCCCCCAUAUGUCUUUAGUAGAGUCUUAAUUUUAAAAAAUUCAAAGUGGAAAUUGCCUUUACUGGAUUAAGAAAUGUCUUUUUAAAAGCUUUGUAAACAAGCUAAGAAUGUCUGUUUUUAAAGUCCAAGGAAAGCUAAAAGCAGAGGCUUCAAAAAUUCAAGUAAUGUCUUAACACAAUUGUCUAAUAUGAAUAACCCUCAUGCCAGAGACCUUGCAUUAGUGAACUCUAGUUUAUGACUUUUAUAAUGUUGCGAGAUUACCUUAUAGUUUUAUCAUAACAUCAAGUUUUCAAGUAUUUCUUGUUUGUCUUGAAAGCUUCAAAUUAAUAGUUUUUAAGUAAUCAAACAGCUGUUGAGCAAUAGAGGCCAUUGAUGACUUGAGAUAUUUCCUGUUAACCAGGGUGUUACUUUUUGUCAUUGACUUUUAUAUCCAAACAAUUUGCUGUGGCGGGGGUGGGAGGGUGUCUUCACAGCAAUAAAAUGAGAAAUAAUAAGUCUUUAAGCCAGGUAUGGUGACUCACAUCAUAAUCGCAGCCACUUGGGAAGGUUAAGGCAGGAAAAGUGCAAAUGUGAAGCCAACCUAGGCAACUAAGGGAGACCCUACCUAAAAAAAAUAAUUUUUUAAAUGGGCUGGGGAUAUAACCCACAGAAUUCUUGCCUGGGAUGGGCAAGGCCCUGGGUUCAGUUUCAAAUUUUUUUCAUGGUACUUAGGAUCAUAUCCAGGUUCUCAAGCAUGCUGUGCAGUUGAUCUACCAUUAAGCUACAUCCCCAACCUUACAUUUAAUUUUUUCUAUAUCUUUCCUCUUUCUGUAUUCCUAGAUACAGCUAUGUUUGAGCCAGGGAUUACUUUGCUGUAAGUGUUCUUAUCUUUCAAUGGGAGCCUGCCAAGAAUUCAGACUGUAUUUUGGCAUCAUAAUGAUCCCAGUUCAUGGACCAGAAUUAUGACCUCACCAAAUAACUGUCUCCUGCAAUUUUGUGGUUUCCAAGUAUUUCUUAAAUUGGACCAACCAAAGAAAAUAACUUGCAGGUCACUGUUCUAGCUGCCUUUUCAAUCUGAACUCCGAAAAGCCCAUGGAAUAAUUAGUUUAUAUGCCAUAAGACCACGACUUAUGUGGUAUGUUAGUCAGAGGUUCCUCAGCUUUGUAGUUUAGGCAAUUGAAGUGCUACCACUUAGUAAGCACUAGAGCUUUACAUUUGUGGCAACAUGUAGGAUUUGUUCUUACCCUAGAUGUUAUGGUCUCCAUUUUACAGAUGAGGAAACACGGCCAAAGUUACACAGAGAGUUGAGACAUUGAAUGCUGGACAGAGUGGCAGGGAGACAUCUUACUAGGAAAAGAACUAUUUGGUGAAGCUAAGGAAAGGAUAAACUUAGUUUCAAAAAUUGAAAACUCGGGGCUCGGAUUGUGGCUCAGUGGCAAAGCACUUGCCUAGCAUGUGUGAGGCACUGGGUUUGAUUCUCAGCACUGUGUGUCAAUAAAUAAAAUAGGGGAGGGCGGGGCCUGUGCGCCAUCACCGCGGCCUGUGGGAGACUCUGGAGUCUCCCAAGAUGCCCAUCAUAGUGUCAGACAUCAUGAAGCAGCUGUGCUCCGUCUCCCAGGAAAGCAAGAUGAAGGCAGCUGUCAAGCACUCUGGGAGGGGUGCCCUGGUCACAGGGGCUGUGGCCUUUGUUGGUGGUUUGAUGGGUGGCCCACCAGGACUAGCUGUUGGAGGGGCUGUAGGAGGUCUAUUAGGUGCCUGGAUGAUGAGUGGACAGCUUAAGCCAGUUCCACAGAUCUUAAUGGAGCUGCCUCCCACUGAGCAGCAGAAGCUCUUUAAUGAAGCCACUACCAUCAUCAGGCACUUGGAUUGGACAGACGCUGUGCAGCUGACUACUCUGGUUAUGGGCAGUGAGGCCCUGAAGCAUCAGCUAAUGGCAAUGCUGGUGAACUAUAUCACUAAGGAGCUGCAGGCUGAAAUUCAGUACGAUGACUAGGCUGACCCUCUGAGAAGUGGUGGUUUCGCUUCAAUGAUUCUUUGAUUUUCCAAAGGUAACGGGGAGUUAGGGAGAAGCCCAGUGAAUCCCCUUGAGAUAUCUGCACAUCGUCAGUGAAUUACCUUACACUGGAGUAGAAGGUCCUGCUGCAGUGGCUACCACUGUACUGGUCAUGGCCAGCAGUUAUUUAUGAAGAAGUCGUGUUUCUCGCUCGCUUGUGUGUGCUGAGGUACACUGGCAGCACUUCUUGACUGUGAAGCUGGAGGGAGCAAAGGCUGAGUGUUGCAGGCCUUGGCUUUUAUGAGUCUGGUUAUUGUGUUCAGCUGAUUUGCUAAGUAUACUUCCUUCUCCUCAUUUUGUGAAGAUGGCUUCUCUUCCAGACACUUGUUGCAAGACUGGACCCCCCAGGAUCCAGGAUCUCACUCAGAGCCAGUCUAUGCCACAGUCAUGAGUGUGCCCCUCUCUGCCCAGUGAUUUCUCAGUGGCCUUACGGAGAGUGGUUAGCCUGUUGAGUGAAGCUGCAAAUACCAAGCAGGCUGGGCCCAUCUCUCACUAGCUGCCCACCUUGUUCUUCUCUUCCUAGGACCUUGUUUCUCCACAUGAAAACUCAUGGUAAUUCUUGAGUUAGACAUUUUAAAUGAAAUAUUUUCAGUACAAAGUAUUGCUCUUACAUAGUAGAAUCCUAACCGAUCUGUAAGAAAAGUUCCCACCCUAAAGAUCCCCCUAAUAUCAUAUUUACUUUGCCUUCUGAAAUUCUUGACAAAUCACAAUAAAUUUUUUUCUGAAAAGUCAAUCAAUCAAUCAGUCAAUCAAUAAAAUAAAAUAAAAGGUCCAUUGACUACUAAAAAAAAUAUUUAAAAUAAAAACAUUGAAAACCAGAGCUGGAGUUAUAGUUCAGCGGUGGAGUGUUUGCCUAGCACGUGUGAGGCACUGGGUUCACUCCUCAGCACCAGUACAAAUAAAUAGAAUAAAGGUAUUGUGUCUAUCUACAACUUAAGGAAAAAAAAAAUUUAAUUGAAAACUCAGUAAUCUUCCAAGAUAAGUCUUCCUGAGAGAAUCCAUAUAUUCUACCUUCCCUAUUUUCUUCAUUUGUGUCAAAUCCAAUAAUUCAUGUUAAAGUGCUUUGAAACAUUUUAAAUAAUAAAUACAAGGCAUCAUUAAUGGCUAUAGGCUUUGAGACUUUUAGAAGAAAAUGUAAUGUUAUUGCUGCUCUUUUAUGUGUUUCUGUUUUUAAAAUGUAGUUGAUAAAUUAUAAGGUUCCUGUGAGAUGCCAUAAAUAGAAGAAAAUCACAGUGGUGCUCACAAAUAGGACAAGUGUAAUUCUCUUUAAAGUUUUCUGUUUAAAAAAAAAAAGAUGAACAGGAUGUCAGUAUUAUAUGAAUUGGAUGUUUCUCUUUAUAUACUUCAUUACCUGUCUCUUGAACUCUGCAGCAGUGAGCCUAUUACAUUUAGACCAGACCCAGAGCCGUCAUCUUUUCCACUGGUCCCCCAAAUCAAAGAUGACAGCUCUGCAUUUCCUGCUGGAUCUAUUGUGCUGUACUUGUUGGAAAGAUAAUUCUCUGUGAACACUGACUGUGGGUGAGAGGUGCUUUAUCCUCAGCGUGAAGCCCCACGCCUGUCCUGCAGGACACCAGCAGUUCCCUUUGGAGAGGAAAGUCAGCCCUUACAAGGACUUCAGGCCUUCGGGUAUAGGGGGAUGAGCUACAUGCAAAAAACAGAGAAAGGCUACUUUCUUUUAACUCCCAUUUUAUAGGGGGCAUCAGAAAACACUUUUGAGGGCUGGGGUGUGUCUCGGUGGUAGAGCACUUGCCUAGCAUGCACAAAGCUCUGAUUUUGAUCCCUAGCACUGCAAACACAAACAAACAGCAACAACAACAGAAAAAUCCACGCUCUCAGAAAAUCAUUCUCCUCUCUCUCUUAGCUUCUGUGCCAUCAGCAGGCCAUUUUGUCUUUUUAAAGACAUUUUCAACAUGUUUGAUCCUUCAUCAUUUAUUGGAUUUUUUGUUUUGAGACUUGUGGUUUAUUGGGGAAGGGGAGAGAAGACUCACAUGAAUAAGCAAUUACUCAGCCCUUCUGAAUUCUACUCUCGCCUUAAAUGUUAUAAAAAUAAAAUAAACAGUAGCUGUAUUUUUUUUCCCUUGCCCUGAGGAUUGAACCCAGAGGGUGCUCUGCCACUGAGCUACAUCCCCAGUCCUUUUUGUUUUGAGGCAGGGUCUUGCUGAGUUGCUGAGGCUGACCUCAAACUUGUGAUCCUCCUGCCUCAGCCUCUCAAGUUGCUGAGAUUACAGGCAAGGGCCACCAUGCCAGCUGUUUAUUACCUAUUGAAAUAAUAUUCUUUUUUUAAAUUUUUUUUUGGAUGGACACAAUAUCUCCACUUUAUUUGUUUAUUUUUAUGUGGUGCUGGGGAUCGAACCCAGUGCCCCAUGCAUGCCAGGCAAGCGCCCCACCACUGAGCUACAACCCCAGCCCUGAAAUAAUAUUAACACAUUGUGCUAAAUAUAUUAUAAAUAAUCAGUUUUAUGAUUUUUAGUAUGAUUACUAGAAAACUUAGAAUUCACAUGCAGCUAGCAGUAUAUUUUCGUUGGGUAAUACUAUUCUGGAACAUUAAUGCCACAGAGGCAACGUUUUUUGUAUUCUUUCCAUUUGACCCAGUUUUUCAAUCCAUGCAUUGCCAUGUCACCUUCUCUGCGAGUUCAAACCAACAAUCUUUUAGUUCUCUGGUCUAGAUGGUUUCCCAAUCCUCCCACCACACUCUUUUACAACCCCAGGCUCUCCUCAGGCAGUCACAUGACCUUAAGUGCAGGGUGCCUGCAGCAGCCUGGCUCAAAGCUCUUGGACACCCAGAGUACAGUCUCUGGAUCUGCAGCAAUAGCCUCAACCCGGGGCUGGUUAGAAAAACAGAAUCUGAGGCCUUGUACCCCACUGAAGAACUAGCAUCAGAUUUAGAAAGACUCCAGGGUAGAGAAGGGGGCGCAUUGGAAUUGGAAUUUGAGUGGUGAGCCUGGCUGUGAACAUCUUUCCUCAAGCAUCCUGUUCCAGUAAGUCUCCACAUUGGCUCCUUCAGUUGAUUCUGCAAGGUUGCAGAGUGUGAAAGUUGUGACUAAGGGAAACCAGUACUCUCCCUUCCUAAGAAAAACACUUAAAAUAGUGAAUUUUAAAUAAAUAGUAUCUAGAAGACAGGUCCAGAGAUCAAAAUCUUGUACUUUACUAAAAACAGAUUCAAAUCAAAUAGCUUUGUCUGUCUUAGGGACACUAAAGGAGCAGCAGGUACCACCACCCUCCACCCUCCCCAGAGCAGUGCAGUUGUUGGUGGCAUGGCCUUGCCUCCUGCGUCCAGUUCUAACCUCAGACAGUCCCGUCUGGGCUUGGUGCUGACUUGAGCCUAUGUCCCUGCAGCUAGCUGUGUUUCUUGGGUUGAACUGAUUGUGGAGCUAGAGGAGGGGAUGAGCUCUCUGGAUCCAGUGAUGAAGACAGGUGCAGCUUAAUGGAAUGCAGCUUCCACGUCUUGAUAACAAGCGCUCCAAGUGAUUUGGGGCCGUAUUAAAGUUUGAGAACUACAGCUCAAUAGCAUGUUGUCUGUCCUGGGCUAUGGCAUGAAUCAUUUUUAUAGAUGUCUUAAUUUUUGUUUUAUGAUAUAGGCUCCUUGGGCUCCCUGAGACCUGUGCCUUAAACUCAGUAGAUAAUUAAAAUAUUUAUUGGACAAAUUAACAUUUCCUUUUGUGAAGUCCUCAGACCUGUCAUCUCUGAGUUGAAAUGGACUGAGGGCUUUACUCUAAACUUUGAUGAGCUGUUUAAGAGUGAAAGCCAUCUCAAAGGAAGGCAGAGCAGAGGGAAGUGGGGACGGAGCCGGCCCUCAAUUAGAGCCCACACUCCCAGAAUGAGGGCAAAGCUGUUGUGACUGCUGGUUUCUCCUUACUCGCACUUCUUUUUACCAUUUUUCUCUUUUUUUUAAUGUCAUGAUGAGCUAUAAUUUGAGCUGUUUUAAUGUUCUCCAAAAAACUUUAGAUUGCUCUGUGUAUAUCACAAGAACUAAAAUCCAAUCCAUAUUCUUUGGGUGUUGGGAAAGGGGACUGUCACUUUUAGCAGUCAUUGGAAUAGGGCCAAAGCUCCAGGAGAUACUAGAAGAGUCUAGAAUUGUCUGAUUGGUUAUUGGAAUUAACCAUUAAGCGAAGCAGCCAGUAACCAAACAAUGAGGACCUUCUUGAACUUCAUUUGGGUGGGAGAUCUUCCAGGAUGUCUGUCAGCUCUGAAUUGGGACAGAAGAGCCAAGGUUUGAACAGUGGUCUGUAACAAAGCAGCUCUGAAAUCUCUCCACUGCCUGCUUUGUCUGAGGCUCGCCUCGUCUAGGCGUCUUCCUCUCUUUGUCGCGGCACCAUCUACCAGUGCUGUCCUGCCUCCUCCAAUUCACAAAUGAGCGGAAGAGAAACCCCAGAGAGGCUCUGGGCUCAUGUUCCAGAGUGAAUCCACUCUCGGGUCCAGAAGCUGCUGACACACAAAGGAAUUUUGUUCUGCAGAUGGAGAGCAAAAACGAGGGAGGGGGAACUGUGGACAUGUACUCGUCUACUCUCUCGACCACACGUAGUCCUUUGUUGAAGAGAUUGUGGAGGAAGUGUCUGGCUUUAGUAUUUAUGUUUUCUUGAGGAUACUUGUAAAAUAUUUCACAUACAUUAAACAAAACCAGUUUUCAAAACCCCAUUUUCGUUGGCACUCUCUUUCAAAACAUAUCCUCCACAGCCAAGGAGGUCCUUGCCUACUGAGACUGAGCAUGCCUUGGUCACCACAAGAAGACAUGCAUAUAACCCAUAGAAUUGAGAACUAGCAGAGCAGAAGGUUGGAAAACCUGUCGUGUGAGGUCUCAUUAUAGUCCCACAUAAACAGCAGAGGUAAAGGUGAGGGAAUUGUCUUGUCAUUCAAAGAUGACCAGUGUCAUCUCAGUGUCAAUGGUACUGAUCACUCAGUAAUAGGAAAAGCACCUGGGUCACUCCCCCGCAACACUCCUCCAGAGCUCCAAGUGCACUCAGUGAUGUCAGCAGGCACAGUUGACAGUGUGGGGAGGGUGAACAGGCUGAGGGCAGAGCUGGGGCAGUGACCCACCUUUGAGAGUUGGCAGAGCCGUCACCGAAGAGCAGCGCCUCUGUUCACUACCUUGUGUCCCAACGAAGACACCAUCGGCAAGCGUGAGAGCUGCAGUUCCCACCGUCCACCUGGCUGAUAAAUCCGUCUUAAACAUAGAAGGCACCCACAGAGCCCUCUCCAGAACACUUGUUUUCUGGUCUUUUCUGUGCCUGUGUGGGAUGGGUGGAGAAGGGUUAAUUCACCCAUUUUCCAAUUUAGAAUUCAGGCCCAGGGCUAUAGCUCUCCCUGUUCUUGGGGAGACCAGAUUUGUCUGCGUUUGUCCCUUUGAAAAAAGCAAAGGCCUGUGGGAUUCACUACCACCUCAUAGCUGAUAUUCCUACAUGUUCAUUUACCAGCUAACUGAUUUCAACCUUAUGCUCUAUCUCAAGUAGUUAAAUAUUUUAUUGUUGGCUGUUUCUACAUCUCUACAUGGCCCUCAUUCUCCCUUAAUUGUGUAUUCCUUGCUUCACCCAAAAAGCUUCUCACUCAAGAUGGCCAGCAUCCUCCAUAUUGAACAAUGUACAUUUCUUACUUCUUUACCCCCAAAAUGUCUAUGUCUUGAGAUAGCCCACAUUUCUCUCUCCUUCUCCCUCUCCCACUUUCCCAGUGUUGGGGAUGUAGCUCAGUGGUAGAACAUGUGCUCAGCACCACGAGGCCCUGUGUUCAGUCCUCAGCACCUCAACUCUCACUUGCUUUUUAAAUAUCUUCUCAUACUAGCUUGUAAGCCCCAUGAAGACAGAGGCCAGCUCUUUUUCAUCUCCUAACCCUCACUACACUGAACAUGCGGUUUCAAAUUUCACAGGCACCUUAAUGAAACUUGGUUGAUUUGGUAGUCCUAGCGAUAAGGACCAGUUGGAUCACAUUAUUGGCAGUGUGUCCAGGGGAACAGAUGUUCUUAUUCAAAUUCAUGAAACUGGAAACAUUGAAAAACAACAAUCAUGACAUUGAUUGAUAGUGAAGUUUACUGUGUCAGACUGUUUAAGCUCAGCUCUAAAAUGGAGUCAUACUGUCAUCUUUACAUUUUGAUUUCAAAUUCACAGACAUUUAAAUACUGUCAUUUGAUUAACAUCCUAAUCCUUGCCUCGUGCUACUUAAAUAAUUAUCAAGUUAUGUCCCUGUUCCUUUGAAUUUCACACUCAAACCUCUCUUUCCUGAGAGAACAGCACCUCUGGGUGCUUUGAAGAUAUUUUUGGCCUGUUAGGAGAAGAUAUUUAUUAGCUGGCAGGGAUGGACUGGGGAGGACACCAUGGGCAAGGCCAGCUGGACGCAGGUGCUGAAUGGCUCGUCUCUUCUCAGGUGGGGCGGGUCAUCAUUUGAAUUGUAUUAAAAGCUGCCUUAGAACUUGUUCUGCCGUCUUCAGAGCAAAGGCAUCUUCCUGAAAAGCUGGUCUUUUUCCUUG